UCGAAAAUUUAUUCACAAUAUUUACGGGACAAUCUGUUUUCAGUAAACUGUUCAAAACAAAUGGGACGGACAUCUGAUAUAACCGAUAAAGAUAUUAAUGAAGCCAUUCAAGUGGCCGACGAAGAAAUCAAUAGUUUAUUAAAAUUUGAUGAAAACUUUUUAAAAAGUAGUCCAAACUCUAAACUAUUUAGUGCUUUCAUAUACAAGGCUAACAUUAUAGCAAAAUUCAACGAAAUUGUUACCAAAAAGUUGACACAACUCAAAUGUAUAAACAAAUUUGAAUCGGAAAUAAAUUUCUCACUAAAAAAUACACCAAAACGUGUGACAAAUAAUGGCCAGUACUGUGAUAUGAACCGAGACAUCAGUGAUAGUGUCCGAUGUAAUCCUGAUUAUAAAUAUCGACAAAUCGAUGGUAAAUGUAAUAACUUGAAGCAAACCAAUUGGGGAUCAGCUUUCCAUUGUCAGAGACGACUAUUGCCACCGGACUAUAGUGACGGUGUUAGCGGCCAACGAUUGACCAGCGAUGGCAGUCCACUACCUAUCGCUCGUUUCAUUAGUACAACCAUAGGACACGAAUAUGAUGUGUAUGACCGAUACCGGAGCUCAAUGCAAAUGGUUUGGGGACAGUUAAUAGCACACGAUAUGGUCAAAACUUUGCAAUAUUUGGGUAAUACAGUUAAAUGUUGUCCACCAAACUCAGAGCAUCCCGAAUGUCUGAAAUCAUAUUUACCGCCCGAUCGAUGGAGUAUUGCAUACAACCAGACCUGUAAGGAUUUAUCCCGAUCUACGGCUUGCAACACAUGUAGAUUAGGUGCCCGUGAACAAAUGAAUGCACAAACAUCUUAUUUAGAUUUAUCGAUGGUUUACGGUUUUGAGGAAAGACAGGCAAUUAAAUUGAGGACAUUUGAAAAAGGUAAAUUAUUAACAAAUAAAUCGUUGACAUCUAAAUCGCCUAUACAUCCAAUGGUUGUAUUGCCCGGCGAUCAGGACCACUACGAUUCAGGUCGUACGUGUAGUGUUAAACCUGACCGGCCGUGGCUUAACUGUUUCAAAAACGGUGACGGUAUGCGUGGUAAUCAACAACCAUUAAUAGCGACCAUUACUUUGACAUUUGUUAUCAGACAUAAUCAACAUUGCAAUGGUUUGGCUAAAGUCAACCCUCAUUGGACUGAUGAUGUUUUGUACAGAGAGGCCAGACGUCUAUUAGAAGCUGAAUAUAAUUUCAUUAAUUUUGAUGAAUAUUUGCCAUCAAUUCUUAACAAAGAUCUCAUGAAUUAUUUUAAUCUUAACGUUAAGCCUCGCGGAGAGUAUAGUGAGUAUAAUCCAGAUGUAAGUCCCGAUACGAUCAAUGAAGUUCAGGCCAGUGCUCUACGGUUUAGCCAUUCAAACAUUAACAGUGUAUUUCCCGUAAUUGAUAAAAAUCCGUUAAAAAGCAGUUCAAUAACAUUGAGAUACGAGUUUAAUCAAGCAAUUCAACUAUGGGAGGGAAAGGCAAAUGGCAUAUUGAAAGGUAUAUGUGAAGAUAGACAGGAGUUAACUGAUUUGAACUUUGUUGCCGAUGUUAGAGAGCAUAACGAAAUGCGUCUGUGCUCUCCCGGAAUUGUCGACUUAUUUAGCAUUGAUAUAUCCCGGGCCAGGGAUCAUGGCAUACCGGCUUAUAUUUAUUUUGUUGACUAUUGUACGGGUCAUAAGAUAACACAUUGGGAUGAUCUGAGACAAUAUAUACCGGACAAUCUGAUUAAACAAUUGAAACAAGUUUACAAAGAUUAUAAAGACAUUGAUCUCAUAAUCGGUGGUCUCGCGGAACGACAUAUGCACGGCUCAAACAUUGGACCGACAUUUGCCUGUAUGAUUGGCAUACAGUUUUAUCAUUUGAAAUUUGGUGAUCGAUUUUAUUUUGAGCAUGGUGAUCAAGCUGGAUCAUUUACCAUUGGUAUUCAUUAGUUAAUAUACAGUAUAGUACUAUCAAUUGGAUAAUAUCAGACACA